AUGUUUUCCAUCAAAACCUGUCGUUAUUCUUCGAAGCAUGUUGGUCAAUUUGCAGCUCUUCAACUUUCCCGUCAAAAGAGCAGCUCUGCAGAUUUCGUACCUCUUAAUCAAUUAAAUCCAAAGUCUUCAACCAAGGGUGUGGCUAACAAGUUAACAUACAAGGACAUAAAUUCAAUAGCAGCUUCACCUUCAACUUCUUUAAACUAUAUGGAUUAUUUGCCAGGUUUGGGUAAAGCCCACAAGAAAUUAUUUUUAACUAAUGAACCAAUCAAUAAAUACCAUAUUCUCAAAACUUUCCAUGAAGCUCAUCAAACCGAGGUUUACAAGUUGUGCAAUAUACUAGAAACCAUGAAUUAUGACAAGACGAAUCUCCACAAUGUCACUAUAGCCCUUUCAAAAUUGGUAUUAAGUUUACCGUUAGGGAUUAAAUCAUAUACGGAUUUCCCACAACAUUUGAAUAAAUCAUGCAUACUUCCAAAGAAAUCCAAUGAAACACUGAAACCCAAUGAUUCAGGAAAAGAUAUAGGGGAAACUCUAGAGUGGAGUAAUCGAGAUAUUAAAUAUUUUGUUGAUGAAUUUAUUGAUAAACGUUUAUUUAAGGAUAAGAAACAUUUAUCACAAGUUAAUCCUUUAGAUAUUUAUGAAGUUGGAUUCUUACCAGAAAAGGCACAAUCUAAAACUUCAAUUAGUGUUUCAUCAAAACUUGAUGUUCACUUUCAAAUUCAACAACUAUUAGUAGAUCCAAUAAUAAAUUUAGUUCAUACAAUUUCUGGUGACCAGUGUUUCAGCUUUAGGUCAUAUAACAGCACAUAUGUUUUAUAUCCAGAUAUCAUAGUUCAAAAUAAUACAUCUGGUUCAACAGCUAUGAUAUUUCAAAUCAAACAGUCCUUACCUCAUAACAUCAAUAAAGACAAUAUUGACUCUUUACCUGCAAUCAAGCUACUUAAAGAGCAACUAAAGGAAUUAAAUUGUUAUGAUGGAUGUAUUAGUGAUGGUAACACAUUCAUUUAUUUGCAUAAUAUAGAAGAUCCGUUGUUCACGGACAUGUAUGUAUACAAGAUUUUCUACAAUGAAGAUAUAUUUUUUACAAUCAAGCAUGUUUUCAUGUCAGUCUUGAUGAAAUCUAGAAAAGUACCAUAUGUCUCAAAAGAUGAAUCAGAUUGUACAUCAAAUAAUGUUAUUGAUAAAGAAUCGCAAGAAGAUCAUAGUGAUGCAGAUACAAAUUCCCAUGAAGAGUAUGAUAAACAACAAGAUUAUAAUGAUACAAAUAAAAAUUCACAAGAAGAUUGCGAUGAUAUAAUUGAUGAGGAAGAGCAAGAAUAUAAUGCUUUCCGAAAGAGAUUAUUGAAUAAAACAGAACUCCCAGAUUUAGAAGAUCUUUUUUAUGAUCUUGCAGUCCCAGAAAAUACUUAUGAAACCAUGCAAAUUCCUAAUAAAGAGAUUAUACAUGAAUUUGAUCUUGUAUGGGAAAGAGAUUUCCAAAAUAUAACAAUGAAAACUGAAGUAUUCAGAUCAUACUUUGAGCAAUAUUUUGAAUUGAACAGUGAAAAUUGGGGAUUAAAUUCUAUCAUUGACAGAAGUGAUCUCAUAAACAUUAGAGUGUAUGAUCCUAUUAGAUGCUAUGAUAGUGAUGAAAUAAAAGAAUAUCUUUAUGAACCUUUUGAUUUUGAAUAUACUUGGCCUGAUAUUGAUUUUGAUUAUGAUUUGGAACAAUUAAUGAAGAUUGAUAAUUGUUAUCCUAUAAAGUCCAAAGGAAGAGUUAAAUUGGUAUGUAAUGAGGAAUAUAUUGUUUUUGGUAAAGUGAUUGCUGUACCAGUUCUUAAAAGUAAAGAAGAGAAUAUGGAUCCAUUUAAGACCUUCAAAAAACCAGAGUAG